AUUACUCUUUAACUUGGAGGCUUGAGUGCCCACAAGAGUUGAAGUGCAGCAAGUGGGGAGUUCCGUCACCUUAAGAGCCCUAGAAACGAAACAUGGACACUUCAGAUACCCCCGUCACCAAAAUUACUUCAUCGCCGCCACAGCUGCAGGAACCUGUCCCUAAAAAGCCCAAAAUGUCUACCACCGCAACGUCCGACGACGAAGAAGCCGCCGCAUCGGCAACCGGCACCAAGAAACAGAGAUACAAACGCCGCAAAAUCGCCAUUUUCUUUGCCUACUGCGGUGUCGGGUAUCAAGGAAUGCAAAAAAACCCAGGAGCCAAAACCAUCGAAGGUGACCUCGAAGAAGCGCUAUUCCACGCCGGCGCCGUCCCCGAGCAGGAUCGUGGCAACCCCAAACGUUACGACUGGGCUCGGUCGGCCCGAACCGAUAAGGGCGUAAGCGCUGUUGGUCAGGUCGUUUCUGGGCGGUUUUACAUUGACCCGCCUGGCCUCGUGGAACGCCUUAAUCAGAUGCUUCCAACCCAGAUUCGGAUAUUCGGGUAUAAGCGUGUGACAGCCUCUUUUAAUGCAAAGAAGUUUUGUGAUCGACGGCGGUAUGUUUAUCUUAUCCCUGUUUUUGCUCUUGAUCCUAGUUGUCAUCGAGAUAGGGAAAGUGUUAUGGCUAGUUUAGGGUCCGGUAAUGAGCUCGUGAAAUGCUUGGAAUGUUCUGAAAGAGGUCGUAAAGUCAUAGGCAUCAUGGGCAAGCGUAGUCCUGAAUCCAAGUCGACUUUGGUUCAGUUCGGCAUUUCGUCGAACAGUGGAGAUGCAGAAAAUGUUGUUAAGGAAGAUAACCUGAUAUCUGAACUUAAAGAGGAGGUUACUGAAGUGGAUGAUUCAGGGGUUGCGGAAGAUAAAGUUAAUGUAGUCAAGUCAACAGUAGUUCGGUCUGACAUUUCAUCGAACAUUGGAGAUGCAGAAAAUGCAAUUAAGGUAGAUAACCUGACUUCUGAAUUUAAGGAAAAGGUUACCAAAAUGGAUGAUUCUGGGGUUUUGGAAGAUAAAGUUGAUGUAGAACAGAAAGUGGAUAGAGGUUUUUGUUACGGUAAGGAAGAACAGGAGAGAUUCAAUAGAAUAUUGAAUCACUAUGUCGGGUCUCACAACUUCCAUAACUUUACUACAAGAACAAAAGCCGAAGACCCUGCUGCACGUCGCUAUAUUGUUUCAUUUCACGCGAACAAGGUUGUUACUGUCAAGGGCAUUGAUUUUGUCAAGUGUGAGGUUGUGGGACAGAGCUUCAUGCUUCAUCAGAUUCGAAAGAUGAUCGGUGUGGCUGUUGCUGUCAUGAGGAAUUGUGCUCCCGAGUCUCUCAUUGAAACUGCAUUGCGAAAGGAUGUAUGCAUCAAUGUACCUACGGCACCCGAGGUUGGUUUGUACUUGGACGAUUGCUUCUUUUCUUCUUAUAACCAAAAAUGGAAAGAUAGUCAUGAAGAGUUGUCCAUGAAAGACUAUGAAGAAGAGGCAGAGGAAUUCAAAAUGAAAUUUAUAUACUCUCAUAUCGGCUCCACGGAGCGCGAGGAAGGAACUGUGGCCCUAUGGUUGCAUUCUCUAAACGACAGAAACUAUCCCGAUUUACAGGCCUGCAGCAGAGACACAAUCGAGGGUAAGAAGAGUCCUAAGGUUGAUGAUGGUGUAGACAUCGUUGAAGACCAAAGUAACACGGUGGAGAAAAACGGAGACUCUGCUGAGAUUAAAGUGUGAAAGAGUAGAACAUUACGAUACACAGUCUCUAUGAAAAACUAACUAUUUUACAUAAUUUUAUCAAGUUAUAGUUGGAUGGUCUUUCUGUUUCAUUUGGAACUCUGUGAUUUG